AUGUCCGAGUACACCCUUCGCAAGGUGGCUCCUGCCAACACCCUCGAGCACCGUGUUUACAUCGAAAAGGAUGGCAUUCCGGUCUCCCCCUUCCACGAUAUCCCUCUGUACGCCAACAAGGAGCAGAACAUUCUCAACAUGGUCGUUGAGAUUCCUCGCUGGACCAAUGGCAAGCUCGAGAUCUCUAAGGAGGAGCUUUUCAACCCCAUCAAGCAGGAUGUGAAGAAGGGCAAGCUUCGAUUCGUCCGCAACUGCUUCCCCCACAAGGGCUACCUCUGGAACUACGGUGCCUUCCCCCAGACCUGGGAAGACCCCAACAGCGUCCACCCCGAGACUAAGGCCAAGGGUGACAACGACCCUCUUGACGUUUGCGAGAUCGGCGAGCUUGUCGGCUACGCUGGCCAGGUCAAGCAGGUCAAGGUCCUCGGUGUCAUGGCUCUCAUCGACGAGGAGGAGACCGACUGGAAGGUCAUCGUCAUUGAUAUCAACGACCCUCUCGCUCCUAAGCUCAACGACAUUGAGGAUGUCGAGCGCCACCUCCCUGGCCUCCUCCGUGCCACGAAUGAGUGGUUCCGUAUCUACAAGAUCCCUGACGGCAAGCCUGAGAACCAGUUCGCCUUCACUGGCGAGUGCAAGAACAAGGACUACGCCCUCGACGUCGUCCGUGAGUGCGGUGAGGCCUGGGAGCGCCUGAUCACUGGCAAGACCGCCGCCAACGGUGUUUCUAUUGGCAACACCACUGUCCAACGCUCCACCGGUUUCAUUCCUGCCAACCAAGUCCCUGCUCUUCCUCCUCACCAGGAGCUCCAGCCCGAGAAGAUUGACAGCUCCAUUGACAAGUGGUUCUUCAUCAGCGGUGCUGCCAACUAA